AUGGGAUGUGCGUCCUCCAUGGGUCAUAAAGCAGUUCACAUUUCCUUGCCUCUUUCUGAGACUCAGAAAUCGCUGGUGAGAGAAACGUGGGAAACGGUCGAUCAGCAUAAAAACAACGUCGGAAAGAAGAUGUUUCUAAGGUAACCUGCGUUUAAAUUUUGAGUUGGAUUUAAUCUCGAGACUUAUCGCGAGCAUGUUUUAUCUCAGUGCAGUUCGUAUAGAUCUGCAUUGUGUAUUUGUGUCCCUGUGCUAUGAGACGAUUUCGCUGUAAAUAAAGUUCAGUUUUAUUUUUCCCAAAAAAACCUUACAUCCUACACCGAUUUUCUCCGUUUGUCGUUUCCUAAAAAAUCUAUAGGUUGCUCAUGUCGUUCUUUUUUUUUUUACAGUACCACAGAGCAUUGUAAAAACAAUGAACACUGAUGUUAAGUGCAUGCAAAGCCGUUGUGUUGUAUUAAUUUAAUGCCUUUGCCCAUAGUCCUUCUGUUGCUAGUCGUCGCUGGCUUGGAAUCUACAUUAAGUCAGUCUUUAAAACACGAAUGCAUAAUUUGCUUUUCCCUUCCUAUAGCUUAUCUAGAAAUGCAAAGCGUUAGCGAUGCUUCUUGCUUAUUCUAUAAUAAAUGACGACAAUGGUGUAUUUUCGAUGCGCAAAAUUAACACAAUCAGACGUUCUACUUUAUCUAGAGGGAGACCGUCUUGUAGUCAAUGUAGACUUGUAAUAAAUAGGACGUCGAAAAAUUUCCUGUUGAUUUUUUUCCACCCUUAAGUGUUGGAAGAACCGUGGCCUAUAAAGCUAUCCUUGCCACCUGAAAUCAAUUGUACCUGUUACAAGAAAUCGGCUAUAUGUGUGCACUUAAAUUCCAGAUUCCUUUGUAAUUUACGGGUUUUUUAAGUAGUGCAGAUUAUCAUUUUUUUCGUCGAUUUUAUCUUCUAAUUCCCGGCCAGUGUUACUUUUUUUAAAUGUUUUUACUCGAAUUUCAGGUUUUAUUUGAACAGUAAACAGGCAAAUAGGGAAAAUUCGAGAGAACAGGAUCGUAAAAGCACUGAUACCAGGUGUCAAAAACUUGCUCAACGGUUUAGCAUUCAUUGAUAUCAAGCUUUCACGUUAAGCCUAUGACGAGUUAUAUAUAUUAUGUAGAAAACCGGGUCUGAUUUUGCCGGAACCAGCCGUGGAAACAUAUUAAACGGAACAUUUUGCGUUUUGACACAUUUCAAGAACGACGGCAACAAAUAAAGAUGGCCAAGCUUUGAAACGUUUUUACGUAGCAGACGGUGUAGUUUUAGGUAGAGAUUUUACACAAGUUUCUCAUCGUGAGAUAUUGAAAGAUAUUUUGUACCGCGUUCAAGUACCGCCACGAAAUCAGCUCAGUUAACGAAACACGACUUGGGAUGAAAUUUUGAAAGCUUUGGCUUCCGUCCACAAAGUCAAAAGUAGAUAUGAUCAUGCAUGUAUUUUUAAAAUGUCUCCACUCUGUGACUUGCUCUGGAAAUUGAAGGUGGUGACACAACACUUAAUUGAAUGAAAGAAACGAAAAUAGUGACUAAAACUGAGUAUUUUUGGCGGCAUAUUUCGAGAACGACAGAAAGCAAAUUAAUGUUUCUAAACAAACGUUGGUACGUAACGAGUCGAGAGGGUACAUGAAGAAAGCAAUAAAAUAUACGGAACGUUUAACCAGCCAAAAGUAAUUUAGGAACAUCCAGGAGUUUUCUAACCGGUAGCUUAAAUGUUUUUCCUUUACUAAUAUCCUUAGCUGGUGCUAAGAAAGUCCAUAUUGAAAUUAAAAAGUCGCCUAAAUUGUCUUUUAAAAUAUCAAAAUUAAUUAAAUAUACAAAACAACAACUAAAGGCUUUUGUUGGCUUUCAUUUUAAAUUGUCAUACUUCAAAUGGACUACGCUUUUAAGAUUUAUAUUUAUCUUCUAUAGUUUAUUCUUAUAAUUUUUGAAGAAGAGUGCAAAAAAGCGUUGGAAGCGAAUAUUUUUACUAAGAUUGCUUGAGAUCCCUCUGAGCCUUUUUUCAACAGAAAGAUAUAAAUUUAAUUUCAAAAUUCUACUUUUAAUUAACUAAUAGGCAACGAAAAAAAGCACCUUGCCUUCGUCAAUAGGUUUAAGGGAAACGUAAUAAAAUACGCCAAAGUGAAAAAUAUUACCUCCUGUCAAGUUGUGGUAAUGCUUUCGGGAGAGUUUACGCUUUUAUUUCGUAAUUCAAUUUUCUUCACAUUAACAUAACAUAGAUAGACCAGUACAACAUCUAUUUUCAAAAACUCGAAUUUGUGGAUCAUCGAUCCAAUUAACUACUACAGCCUCUCUCAGCAGUCUUUGUCAUUUUCAUGAAUACAACACUUUUAACUUAAGAGGGGAAUAAUAAGCCUCCCAGGUAAAAGCCACUGUCAUCACCUGUUGUUAAUCUUUUGAUUUGAUGUCAUUUGCAUUUAAAACUUUGCUAGAAUGGAUGAGCUGUGUUAUGAGUAGGGAGUUUAAGAUACCACUACGAGGACGGCCACGAAAACGUCGCUUAAAAAGUGGAUUUGCGUUCUUUCAAUCUUUAUCACGAUUACUCCAUUUCAUUUACUUUGUCAAAUGUAAGCGAACUCUUUUUGAGCCGCUAAUUCCUAAGAAUCAUAUUCAAGUUCAGAAAGAGAAAGAAAAUUUAGCCGUCGCUUGUUUACGUGGUCCAUAAAACGUGAAAUUAGGUUUUUGUCCCGUCGUAGUCGUGCAGUAACGACAAAGAAAUGUACAAAAAGCGAGAUGCACGUGCAGAGUUGUUGUUUUGCCUAUUUAACCAAUUGCCUUUUUGACGUCCUCGUUGUCGUCGCCGUCGUGGCAUCUUAAAGUCCCGAGUAGCGUUUAUUCUGAGCAAGACAAUGGUCCAAUGUAGGUGGCCUUCUCUCCUCUAAAUAAAUUUUCCGUGGGGCAUAAAUAUGGAAACGUGAAAAUAAUUUAACGAAGCGACCUUGACGUCGAGUGACAGCUGUUGAUUCCACGACAAACCAUCCAAUCAGAAGCGUAGCUUCAAACAUUUCCCGCCUAAAAGACUCACUAUACAUGGCCGCUACCGCGGUAAACCACCUUCAUUUUGACUGUUUUCACUUGGUCAGUGUGUAUCACCUACCAUUAAAAACACCUUGCCACGAUAUGUAUAUUUACCAUUUACUAAAUCAGUUGAUAGCAAUUUGCGCGAGGUUUUGAAUGCAUAUGGAUCUCGUAAAUGGCAGUAUAUUUGGCCAUUCGCUCUUUUGAGCCAGGGGUCAAGAUGGCGUACCGUUUCGAGAGGACAGUUUCGGAAGACGACAUUUUAGCGACAACUGAAGCAGCUGUACCAACAAAUAUAAAAAAAGUGACAAAAUAUGGCUGGUAGAAUAUAAUUUAUUUUCUAGAUGUGCAAAAAAGGAAAAAAACCUAAACGUUCACCCGACAUAUCCAAGCCGGAAGCAAUGUCAAUUUCACGUAAACAAAAGCUGUCACUAAGCGACGUCUUUUAUUUUCAAAAAUUACAUUCUUAGUCUUAUCCAACUGAUUUGGUGAAAACUAAAACAACUACCUCUCUCAUUGUUGGUGCAUAGCACUCAAUAUAUAUCUUAGAACUUUUGCGCCUCGGUAUAUAACCACCCCCAUCCACCUCCCGCUAGAGGGACAGUUGAAAAGUACCGCGGAAGACCGCUUUUCCUGCACUCUUUGUAACAAUUAAUCUGUAUGUUCCGAACUUUUAGAUUCUUUGAGCUAAACCCUGAUUACCAAAAGCUGUUUCCAGAAUUCAAAGGAAUGGAGCCAUCAGAACUCGAGAAGACUACAGCGCUGUACGGUCAUGCGAAAAGAGUUAUGAAAGCUGUCGAAAAUGCAGUCACCUCAUUGGAUGACGCGUUCAGCUUUGCUGGUUACCUCGAAGAACUGGGAAGGAGACACAAGACUCGAGCAUUAAAACCAGCCCAUCUUGAUGUAAGAAACACUGAAUAGUAACUAUCUAAGUGGGCACCUUCCAAGAAUAGCGAAAGUGAAUGCUUCAUGUUUACCAUGAAUAAGCAUCAUUAAAUACUAAACUGAAUAUUUAAGUUUUCAGUGAGUAAAUAUUUGACUCUUAGAAAACGAGAUUGAGUAGUCUAAUCUUUUCACAUUUCAAGUUGUGUACGAAAAUACAGUAAAACCUCGAAAAUUCGAACUCGGAUAACUGCCCGCCGGAAUCCCCCGCUAACUCGAACUAAAUUUCCUUUCCAUUGAUCAAAAUUUCACUGAACUUUUUUUUCGUUUUCCUUCAGAGUUCGAGAUACCGGGUUCUACUGUAUACAAAGAACAAGUCUUCGUUUACACAAUUUAAAUUUACAAACUUCUUUUACUGGUCAAAAAAAAAACAACCAAGUUUUUACAAAUAAUUGUGUCUAAUAUAAAGUACCUAACUUCCUACUUACAUUUCUGGACAUAGUGCUUGAAUGGUAACAGCAUAUGAUUUCAUACAACGUGAGGGAAAAAAAAGCCAGGGACGAGAUUGGAUUUCAUCCACAGAUUCAUAAGUUAAAACGGCAAAUCACUUCACCUUAUUUCGAUCAAGGAGUAAAAAUUUUCAGUCUUUCCUUUACUUUCUUUCACAGGCGAUGCAAGAAUCACUAAUGUUUACUUUGAAGGAACUACUGAAUCACCAGUGGACACACGAAACAGAGGAAGCGUGGAACAAGCUUUUCCGUUUUAUUUUAUCGACGAUGUUAAAAGGCCUUCAAUCAACGUGA